AUGCCCGAGUCGUUUCUCUCGUGGGACCCUGCCCAAGUGUCGUCGUACCUUCGAUCGUACGUGGACCAAGACGUCACGGCUGCCUUCAUUGAAAAUAAUAUAGACGGUUCACUUUUACCGUUCCUUACAACUGAACACCUACGAGAAUUGGGGAUUCCCAAAUUAGGUUCCCGUCUCAGAGCGAAGAGAGCCAUUAAUGACCUCAUGGCCCAGCAGUUUGCCGAUGCCGUGCCCACUGGGCCCAAUGAUCCCAACUUUCGGUUAACUUCCGUCAAUAUCAACUCCAACUACGUCUCGAUGGAAGCUCUUUCACUCUGUGCGGUUCUUCUUCGUGAUAUCAACAAGUUUCUCGAACCCAAGCCAGACACGGAUGCUCUAGACUUGCGCAAAUUGAAUGAUAACUUCAAUAAGCUCAAGACUGAUUUGAACCCAGUGAUUCGUCUCAUGAAGGAGUCCAAACCGCUUCCCACACCUACUUUGGAUCCAAGCGUGGGUGUUCUGCUGCCCACAUACUCUUCUAAUUCGAUUUACUCGACCAACUCGUGGCUGACAUCCGAAAGUGACGGAAACAAUACUAGCAGUGGAGGAUCUGCCCCUGCUGCCUCUGCAUCGGCUGCUUCGUCAGUUCCUUCGUCUGCACCUUCAUUGGCACCUUCUUCGGCACCUGGAUCGUCAGGUGCCACUACUACGUUGACCCUGCUCCAGACAAACUCAAUCCCCAAAUCUACCUCCAAUUCGUCUCUUCAGAGACAACCGUCUGUGGCCAGCCCAACAUAUUCCAAACGUUUUUCAUCCGGUUCGGUUCUUUCUAUGGGAGUGGGAAAGAUCACCGAGGUGAAGUCGGCAGCAGCAGGCAGAUAUCUUAAUAAACCAAGGUUGGUGGAGGCCCGACAAUCUCCAAUUACCCACGAGAGUGAGGGGGGAGAACUUCCGGGGUUGAAGCUGCUGCUGCAACUUCAAAUGGUGACCGGUGGCCCACCCAGCUUGAAAACCAAGGCGUCAACCAACCUGAUGGCUACAUCAAGAACUGUGACGGAGAUGCCUCAUUCGCAGACGGGAAAUCAGCCAUUGAAGCAGCUCAAAGCCUCAACUGAUGAUACAUGCUUGAAAGUGCUCCAGCUGGCUAUGCGUCGACACCACAUUCCUCGAGAAAAGUGGUCGAAGUAUGUGCUUGUCAUUUGCUACGGAGACAAAGAACGUAUUCUCAAGCUCACAGAAAAGCCAGUGUUGGUGUUUAAGGAGUUGCAGGGCCACGAGAAAAAUCCCACCAUUAUGCUUCGUGAGUUGGCAGUCACUAAUACCAAGGAACAAUACGAAGAUUCACGCAUUGGAGAUGAGAUUCCGGGCGGAACUCUUUAA